UCGAAACCAGCAUUCCUCAUCCAACCUCACAGCUGAUAGCACCAUGCAACUGAUCAUCCUCGCCGCCGUUGUAGCCGUGUGCGCCGCGGGAGCCCUCCCUCCCCCCGGCUACGUCGCCCCCCACUACCGCUACCCCUACAACUAUAUCGACAGCAGGGCAAGGGCAGCCAUUGACAGGAAUGCCGCCAUCUUGAGAUCUGAAAAUGACGUCAAUGAGAAAGGAUACCAUUAUGCUUAUGACACUGAAAACGGCAUCCAAGCAGAGGAGACCGGCUACGAAGCCAACGGUAUCCAGGCGGCUGGUAGCUACUCCUACACCGGUGAUGACGGCAAGGUGUACAGCGUGAGGUACACGGCUGAUGCCAACGGCUUUCAGCCUCAGGGAGCUCACCUGCCUACCUCCCCCCCGGUGCCUGAGGCUAUCGCCAGGUCAUUGGAGCAGAAUGCCAGGGAUGAGGCCGCUGGAAUCUACGAUGAUGGGAGCUACCGCGACGCGAAAUACGCGCCUGGCGUGAUCCUAGCUCGCAAACACUACGCCUACAACCCCUACAACCCCUACCGAUACCGAUUCUAAGUGAACUUGAUAGACAGCGGACACGCAAGCAAGACAGCAACAUUGUACAGUGCCAUUUGAUAUAGGUUAAGGAUAAAAACAAAAUGAAUGCAGAAGUUUUGUUUCUUGCAACAGGCGCUUGCAAGAAAGCAACAAUGCUGUUGUUUGGAACAGAUUUUCUGUUUUAUUUUGUGUACAUAUUGAAGCAAUAAAUAAAUAUUAAUAUUGAUGUUAA